AGAGAGAGAUGGAAACAAUGGACUCCAUGUCCAUGGACUCAAACCCAGAUGAGCCACCGCCGGAACUGGAAACAACAACCAACACCAGUGGAAGAAUCAUUCCGACCAAAGUACCUUCCUUCUCAGAACUACCAAUAUCUCCAGCUCGAUUCAGCUUCGCCGGAACUGCUCCACCUUCCUCAUCACCACCACUAGACUCCAUAGCUGAAUCUUGUACAAUGACAGGGACCAGAGGGAGAGGAGAACAAGAAUCAAACUCAAAUCCAUCCUUGUUUAGAAGCAUUUCCACCAAGGAACCUUCUUUAUCAAACCUCUCCUUAUCCCCUGCUCGAUUCAGUUUCUCUGGAACUUACCCACAACGUCUCCUCACACCCUCCCUUCCUCCUUCACCUACACCAACUAUACCAAAGCUAGACAACUUCCAAGUUUCCCACAAAUGCAUCUCUUCCACACUGAAAAAGGAUGGACGGUUACUAUCCAUGGGUGAAUUUAACGGCGUAGUAUAUACCGGAUCGGAGAACAACUGUAUUCGGAUAUGGAAACUGCCUGAUUACACCGAAUAUGGUCAGCUUAAGACCAAAGCUCACAUGGUUUGUGCAAUGGCGAUUUCUAAAGAUCGUGUUUUCGCAGCCUAUGCCGAUUGCAAGAUUAGGGUUUGGAAACGAUGUUGGGAUGGUAUACCAACCCAUGUUCGUCUUGGUUCUAUUCCUCAGAUCGGAAGCUAUAUUCGGAACUAUAUCGCCGGCAAGGACAAGAAAACGAUAAAGCAUUUGGGGCCCAUAACGUCGUUAGCAAUUCAUAAGGCAGAUGACCUCCUCUACUCGGCUUCGGUAGACAAAACUGUGAAGGUAUGGCGGAUCUCAGAUUUCAAAUGCAUUCAGACCAUCCAAGCCCAUCCUGAGCCAAUCAAUGCCAUCGUGGUGGGCGACGACGACGGUAUCCUCUACACGGCCUCCGACGACGCCACCGUUAGGGUUUGGCGGAGGAAUUUCUGUGGCGGUGGUGAUCGGCAACAACAUGCCUUGACGGUUAGCCUUUCCGCUAAGUACUCACCGGUAAAAGCUCUGACCCUAGCCACUGAUGGUGGGAUCCUAUAUGGAGGUUGCACCGAUGGGUACAUACAUUACUGGUUCAGGGGUUGGUUUACGGGUCAAUUGCAGUAUGGUGGGGCCCUCAGCGGACAUAGCCAUGCUGUCAUGUGCCUUGCCAACGUGGCUAAUUACGUGGUGAGUGGGUCAGCUGAUCUGACUAGUAGAGUUUGGGUGAGGGAACGAGAUGGACAGCACGUUUGUCUAGCAGUGUUGCAAGGUCACAGGGGACCUGUGAGGUGCGUGACGGCCUUUCUAAAGAACAACAAAGGUUUGGCUGAAGAUGGUGAAGAUCAUUGCACGGUGUGUACGGGGAGCCUUGAUGGGGUUCUUAAGGUGUGGCAAGUCAAGAUUUCCAGCAAUAAGAGUCGGAAUUCUACAGGUGGAGAUGGAUGUAGUCAAGAUUACUUUGAUCUCUAGCUUAU